AUGAUUCGGGCCAUCCUCUGGUCAAUUAGUUUUCUUAUUAUCAGCCUCGGGCAAACGGCAAUUGUCCCUCUCCCUUCAAGCACUGGACCAUGCGAUGUCACGCUUCAUGCAAGUGAACUAGUUGACAUGUCUCGAACCAAUCCUUAUGACCCAAAAGGAGGUAAACGGUCUAUCAUGGUCACUACCUUUACACCCGUCAAUUGCGGAAGUGUACCCUCUACAUCUUACGUCCCGAAUGCAACAGCCAGGUUUGAAGAUGAGAGUUUCCAGUCUUUUGGAUUACCUCCAGGAACGUUCGAGUCCCUUCGUAUCCAGACUCAGACACGGCAACAGCCACCGCCUUUCAGACUUCACGGAGAUUACCCAGUAGUCCUUUUUUCACCGGCACUGGCAACCUCAAGAUUGAUGUACUCAUUGCUGCUUCAAGAAAUUGCCAGCAACGGAUUUGCUGUUGUCUCCAUCGACCACCCGUACGAUGCCGAUAUCGUAGAAUAUCCCGAUGGCCGCACUGUUCUCGGAAUACUCGCAAACAUCAAUACCACAACGGAAUUUGUUUCAGCACUGGACGUUCGCGUUAAGGAUCUGUCAUUUUUACUUGAUCAAAUGCACGACGAAAAAGUGAUCAGAAACCUAUUCCCUUUGUCACAGGGAAAUUUGCAUCUACUCUCUCUUGAUCGAGUAACUAUCCUUGGUCAUUCCCUCGGCGGAGCAACAGCAGCGCAGACAAUACUAGUUGAUAAUCGGUUUGUCGGGGGUAUCAAUCUAGAUGGUCAAUUAUGGGGGUCUGUCGUGGACAACGGAUUGUCGAGUCCGUUCCUGCUUUUUGGUAGCUCAAACCACACCCAGGCAACAGAUCACAAUUGGGCAACAUUUUCGUCACAUUUACGAGGAUGGAAACUUGAGCUACAACUCGCACAGUCUGAACACUAUACUUUUUCUGACUUUCCAGUGCUUGUUGAUGCUCUAGGUGUUUCGGAUGUAGUUCGACAAAAAAUUCAGGCCAAUCGUACUGGGACGAUAGGUGGUUUGCGGGCUAAGGAUGUGAUUACUUCAUACACCGUCGCCACACUGCAGUACUUUGUUUAUGGGCACAAGUCAGAAUUGCUGAGCGGCCCUUCUGUAGCAUAUCCUGAUGUGAAAUUUGUGUCUUCAUGA